CUUCCUCUUCCACCUCCAUCCUUUUCUUCCUUCUUUCUCCAACCAAAGUUAAGGUGCUUUUGUUAGGUAAGUAUAAGUUUUAGUUAUGAAUUUUGGGUUAGAGUUUUAGGUAGUUUAAAUUGGUGAGAUUUGACUUUAAUCCUUUGGUUUAUAAGAUUUUUGGGUAUUAAACUUUUAUUAGAAAUAUCAUUAAUUUUGGGGCUUAUAUGGGAAAGAUAGUGAGUUAGUCCUUUUUAUUGUUUGAUUUGGGUGUGAAUUUUGCUGCAGGAAUUAUAAGUAAAUUGUAUUGUUUACGAGUUAUUGUUCAUGAUACUGUUCAUGAUUACUGUUCACAAUUACUGUUCAUAAUUACUGUUCACGUACUAUGCUUUGAUCUCUUUCAAUAGGAAAUCCUAAUAUUAUUUUGGACAUAUUAUGAAUUUGUUUGACAUGCGUAUGUGUUUGUGGCUAUGGAGGAAGUGGACCUAAGCUUAAAGCUUGGGGUAUUCAGUGGACCCUUCGGAGUAUUUAGUGGACCUCUGCGCAGUAGGGUUAGUACUGUGAUUAGUUCCGGUACAGUGUUGCUAGCACACCUCAGUGGACUCCAUAGCAUUGUGUGAUUUUCGAUUUUAUGCAUUGCGCUUGUGACAUUGUAUUUGUGAGCAUAUGAUUUUAGUAUAUGAAUUCAAUUUAAAUGUCAUUGAUUAUUACUUGACAUUUGUGCUUAUGAUUUGAGAUAUUGAGUCAUUAUUUAAAUAAUGAGAAUUAUGAUAUUAUGUGAUUUGAUUCUGUUGUGUCUUAUGCUCUUUGUGUGGGUAGGUCUAAGGGUUUUAGGACCCAAGUUUACAGCUUAAACUUAUUACUUACUAGGCUGAGAGCUCAUAAAAUCCCCCCCCAUUUCAGAUCAGUAGAUCGAGGUAGUAGCAUCUCGGUUUAGGAGCUUUUGGCACAGGACUCGCAUGCUCGUUGUAUGUACAAGCUAGGGCCUCGUGUUUUUGAUAGGGAGGCAGAUCGAUGUCUUACCAAAACCAUGACUCAGCUUUUGUUUUUUUGGAAAGCUUUGGAGAAGAAAUUUGCCUCAUAAUUUUUGUGUAAAUUAGCUUUAUGUAUAAAACUUUUAAAUUAAUUAUAAAUGAACUUAGCUCAG